AUGGACCCGACGGAUGAUUUAACUGCUAGGAGUCUUCUCUCUCAUAUUGUCAGUAGAGAACAACCAAGGUCUCCCAUCACUCGCAGUGUCUCUAAACGCCAGAAAAGCAAAGGCGCAGCAGCAGCGCGAAAAGGACGUCCGCAAACUCCGCAGAACAUUUUAAAGAACAAAAUGGAGCGCAAGCUGCGUGAGAGAAUUUCCGGGCAAUUUCUCCCAACUCCAACUGGCAGAAGUGCAUCUCCAGUGGGCAAAAAGCAAAUAUCGGCAUUGUCGUUCGACGAAAACGACUCACCGAGGAAACUUCUCAUGAAUAUCCUGCAGACUGAGCCUGCCAAGUCACCACUGGCUGGUUUCGAGCCGCAGCCAUCUUCAGCGGACGCCAGUAUGACCACCAAGCAUCCCAGCCCGGAUCUGUCUGAGUCUGAGCUGUCGGAGUUGGAUCUCCCCAACGUAACAUACAAUGUGACCAGCGUGGCCAAAGGUCUGACUAGAAAAGGACCGCGUCGCAGCAUGAACGUCACCGCCUUUGAAGCGCGGGUUGAAAAAGGCCUGGACUAUGCAGAAAAUGAAGAUGACAACUCGGCGCAACAAGAUUUGUCCAACUCCACUAACUUGAGUCUCAGAACUCCCUUUGUGGGGGAUCAGACCCAGAAGAUAGGCCUAAGGAGGAGAGUUUCUUACCAUCAAAGAAUCACGGAAAAUGACUUUGAUGAUGCUGUCAACAAGAUGUGUCAAGAGCAAGGUGUGAGCAGCUUCACCCAGUCGGAGCCCAGCCUGGGCAAUACCGCCCAUGCCGAGACUGGUCUGGAAUACACCAUGGACAUUAUCAACUGUCACACCGCCCUCUACGCGCAAACAGACACUGCCGAAAUUCCCAUGCCGGCGACACAGGAUAACAGGGUGCCAGAGCAGGCAGAAUUGGAGUCUGGGGAAGAACACUGCAUGGAGGUCGCGUCUGGGAUUGAGGAGGCGGCUGAAAUGACAUCUGAAGAAGAAGAAAAGGUGGAAAGCGAGGUUGAGACCAAGACUGAAGAGGAGGAAGAACAAGACACGGCCGAAGAUGAAGAUGAUGAUGAUGAUGGACGGCAGGGGGAUGAUGAUGAUGAAGUGGAGGCAAGAAAUCAAACCACUGAACGUAUCGAGUGGCGAGCUCAUCAUUCCGAGGGUGCUGUGGUCAUGCCCGUUCCCAACAGCGCGCCCAGAUCCCGCAACCUUGAACUUACUCCGGACACGAGACCCGAGCAGGAAGAAGUCGCAGAAGAACCCGACGGCCGUGACGCGAAGUCUUUUCACCUCUUGGAGGUGAGCGAAGGGGAGAGUGUAGGGGAUAGUAAUCAGCUAGAAGAGGCUGAGGUUCAGGAGGAAGAAGACGACGACGAUGAUGACGAGCAAGAACUUGAAGAAACCCCCAUUAACACGCCAACGUUUGUUCGAGAGAGGAGGAAAACGUUCCAACGGCCCUAUCCGAUCUCACGCACACUUUUCAACCCGCAACCAGGCACUAGUUCUAGUGAAGGUGUACCUCCGGCCAAAGCAAAGCAGGCUAGAAAGCCAAAGAGUGGAGCACAACAGAAGAGAAACAGCGGUCUUCCAAAAAGUUACCUUAUGACGACUUUUCGGCACUUUGCUAAAACCAAAGUCUCUCGAGACGUUUACCCCAUUUUAGAAGACACGAUGGAUAAGUUUUUCGAUCGGAUGGCCGACGACCUGGAAACCUUCGCUGCUCACGCAGGGAGAAAAACCAUCGAGGUGGAAGACUGUGAACUUCUCCUGAGGAGGCAGGGUCACGUGAACGACAAAGUGCCCGUGGAAGUGCUGAUUGAAAGAUAUCUCCGCAUGGACCAGCGCAGGAUGCUCAUCCCCGUCGCAACCAGCGGGAAUGUCGUUUUCCCAAAAAUGAAGAAGAGAUGA